CGAGAGGGAGGGAGGUUUACAACCGGAAGUGCCGAUGCCCCUCGACUCAGCUGACCCCCACGACCCAAAGCGCGCGGCUUGGCCUUGCGCGGUGCAUGCUGGGGCGGUGAGGAGUGGGCGUGGCUUAGGAAAAGGCGGUUGGAGGAGGCUCCGUCCGGCGGGUGAUCCGGAUCUGCGCAGCUUUGGAGCGGCCUCUCCUUCCAGGGUGCCCACCAUGGCGGAGCGGCCCGAAGACCUCAACCUGCCCAACGCUGUCAUAACCCGCAUCAUCAAGGAAGUGCUUCCCGAUGGAGUGAACAUUUCCAAAGAAGCCCGUAGUGCGAUAUCGCGGGCCGCCAGUGUGUUUGUGCUGUAUGCCACAUCGUGUGCCAAUAACUUUGCCAUGAAGGGGAAGAGGAAAACGCUGAAUGCCGGAGAUGUCCUUUCAGCCAUGGAAGAAAUGGAUUUCCAGCGCUUCGUGGGUCCCUUAAAGGAGUCCUUGGAAGUUUACAGACGUGAGCAGAAAGGUAAGAAGGGAGGGUCAGAUCUCAAGAAGAAAGACAAGGACAAGAAGGAGGACUCUGAGGACCCCGACAAGAGCCGGGAGGACGAGAACGAAGACGAGGAUGAAAGGAUGGAGGAGGAGGAACCGAACGAGGAGGAGGAGGUGGAGAACUGAGCUUCUUGGAGCCAGUUUCAGAGAGCUGCUUGGGGCAAAGCCGUGUCUCCCUGAAGGGAACAAAUUGUUCACACAGCCCAGUGCCCUGGGCAACUUAUUGAAUAUAAACCCUGGGCCUUUGGUAUUGGGGGAUGGAAAAGUCACGUACCUGCCAAGGCAAACAGACGCAUGUUACACAAGCCGGCUUUGGUAACAGCAUCCCGGGUCAGCUGUAUUUCUGGUUAGCCAGUCUGCAAAUGGUUUGCCUCGUUUUUGGUAAAAGGUGGCUGCUGUGGAGAGGCUUCUGUAGCGAGGCCAUCUUCCUCUGACUGUCUCCAGUUCCCUUCGCUCCGGCGGUGCCUUCUCCUGGGGUCUGGACACCAUUGGCUUCGUUACUUCUGCUUCCCUUCAAGUGCAGCCUGUUGGCACUGCUGCGGAGAGCUCCUCUCUCCCUGGACUGGUGUUUCUGCUUCGGAUGUGAAACUUGUGGACUUGUGUCGACUUCGACCCUGUUUGUUUGUUUUUAAAGCUCUUUGUUUAACAGAACUUCAUUAAAAACAGAUACACACA